AUCGCUGUAUCUCCAGGCAGCAGUGUCAGUUCCCUGACUGCAGUCACAGCCAUGAGUAGCACUUCUGUCACGGAUGCCUCUAUGCCCAGGCCAUCAGAGGACUUGACUGUGAGCCCCAAGGUGCAGCUGGACACCAGCCUCACGCUGAGUAGCAGUAGCAGCAGUCUCCAGACCAGUCCUAGGAGCCAUUCAGUUCUUAUCCCAGGCCUCCCUGACAAGCUAACACCAAAGCCACCUGUUCCAGUCACACCAGGAAACCCUUCUCUAGCACUGGAUCUGCAGGAGGUGGAGCCCUUGGUGGUGCCCCAGGCUUCUCCCACCCGUGAGCGCUCGCCAGAUGUCAUCUCCUCUGCUUCCACUGCCAUGUCCCAAGAUAUCCCAGAGAUUGCUUCUGAGACUUUGCAGCGCAGCUUUGCGGCAGCCCCGUCUGGGCUCCCCGCGGAGGUGCUGGAGCCCAGUCAUCACGCAGACAGUAUGGCAUCUGCUGCCUCAGCCUUGCAUUUGCUGUCUCCCAGGAACCGGCACAAUUCAGAGCACAGCCACCACUCUUUGGACAUGCCUCCAGUGGAGGUGGACAGACUGAACGCUCCGUCGUUACUGGAGACUGCUUUAACUCAGGAAAAUGCAUCUUCUGACAGUGUUGUGAGUCAGCCAUGGCCAGCAGCUCCUGACAUAACCAGAGAAACCAGGAACAGCAUGGCAGACAGCCCAAGGGAUGAGGUUGAAGAAAAGCACAAGAGCUCUUCCUACCAUCGACACAGCUACCACCUGCUGCAGCACGACAGCCAGGAUGCGAGUGCAGAACAAAGUGACCAUGAUGAUGAAGUUGCAAGCUUGGCUUCUACAUCAGGUGGAUUUGGUGCCAAAGCGUCUACGCAGAGGCUGCCUGUGAAGGACUGGAAAGCCAAGGCGUCCCCCCGGGCUUCCCCAAAGCUAAAGCGGAAGGGCAAGAAAGAUGACGGGGAUGUGAACCAGUCGCCAAGAUCAUCUAACAACCAGGUAACAUCGGAGUUCCAGGAUGAGCUGAUGUGCAUAUUGAGGAGCCAACAGCGGGAGCUCUCUGAGCUGCGUCAGAACCAGAUGGAGCUGCUGCAGAGACUCACGGAUCACCUGGAUGCCAUUCAGAGCUCCCUCAUGGGCCAUGUGGAGAGGGUGAUUGACUCCCAGCAGGAGCAGGAGCAGAGAAGACUAGACCGAGUGCUGACAGAAGGACAGCAGCGCAACGGGCAGCUCCAGGAGCAUCUGUCUCAGCAGCUCUCUCAGUCCCUUUCCACUGCUGUGUGUAACCGUCUGGAGAGGACCAUCCGUGAGGAGAUGAAGAAGACCAUACCCCAGUGCAUUUCCAAGAGCAUGGACACCAUUGCUGGCCAGCUCAGUAGCACUAUUGCUGCCAAGCUCACUGCUGUUGAGGGGACACUGAAAGAGAGUAUCACCAAGCUGGUGAAAUCAAAGAACCUUACAGAUACCAUUGUGAGGGCAACGGCCGAUACCCUGCAGGGGCCCAUCCAGUCAGCUUACAGGGAAGCGUUUCAGAGCGCCUUCAAGAAGACCUGCCAGUCCAUGUUCCAGCAAAUCAAUGACACCUUCAAGCAGGGCACGCAGGAAUAUGUCCAGCAGCUUGAGACUCACUUGAAGAACAAGAAAGUGCGAGAACAGGAGGCCCGGGACCCGCUACUGAAUCAGCUUCGACAGCUCAUCAGCACCUUCCAGAGCACCACGGAGCAGCUGGCUUCCACCGUGGCGGCCAGUGUCCAUGCUGAGGUGCAGCAUCAGCUGCAUAUUAUCGUGGGCAACAUGCAGGAGUCUAUUUUGGCCCAAGUGCAGAGAGUGAUUAAAGGAGAAGUGAGCCUGGCUAUGAAGGAGCAGCAAGCGGCCGUCACCUCGAGCAUCGUCCAGGCAAUGCGCUCGGCGGCCGGGACUCCCAUCCCCUCUGCUCACUUGGAUUUCCAGUCCCAGCAAACUCACAUCCUUCAGCUGCUUCAGCAGGGACAUCUCAACCAAGCUUUCCAGCAG